AUGGAAGAACGAGCAGACAGGCGACCAGAGUUGGUACAGACGCCGUUGAUGGAGACCAUGAUAAUCCCAUCAGGCUUCGAAAACGACGGAAAGCAUUUGGAAAAGCUUGCCCAGGAGCCUCUGCUUGGACCUAAGACCGAUUUCCCCUCGCCGGUGUUCGCAUUUGCCCGUAAAGAUGUCCCGGGAAACAAGAGACCACAAGCCAUCGCGCAUCGUGGAUACAAGGCCAAAUUUCCCGAAAACACCAUGGGUGCCUUCAAGGGAGCUGUGAAGGUCGGUGCGGAAGCGAUCGAAACCGACAUCCAUCUGUCAAAAGAUGGUGUUGUCGUGCUGUCCCAUGAUAAAGAUUUGAAACGGUGCUUUGGGCGGCCGGAAAAGAUCAUCGACUGCGAUUAUGAGUUUCUGAGCAGGUUAAGGACCCUGAAGGAGCCUCGCGAGCCGAUGCCGCGCCUGGUUGACUUGCUCGAGUAUCUUGCACAGCCGGGACUGGAAGACAUAUGGAUGCUGCUCGAUAUAAAGAUCGACAACGACCCUGACGACGUAAUGCGGCUCAUCAGCGAAACCAUUCGCAGCGUCCCGCCUUCUCGGGAUCCCUGGUCAGCGAGGAUCGUCCUGGGAUGUUGGACAGCAAAAUACCUCCCCUUAUGUUCACGAUACCUGCCCGGAUUCCCAAUCACGUACAUCGGCCACUCUCUUACCUAUGCCUCGUACUUCUUCACUGUUCCAAACGUAUCCUUCAACUUAUCGCAAGCAGUCUUGAUGACGCCCUGGGGAAAGGCUUUCAUCCGGAAAGCGCACUGCGACAGUCGGCCUGUAGAAAUAAUAACCAUACAAGCCGGCCAAUGCGGCAACAGCGUCGGCCAACAAUUCUGGCAACAACUCUGCCAAGAGCACGGCAUCAACCAAGACGGCAACCUCGAGGACUUCGCGACCGAAGGCGGCGACCGCAAGGACGUCUUCUUCUACCAAUCCGACGACACGCGAUACAUCCCUCGCGCCAUCCUGCUCGACCUCGAACCCCGCGUCCUCCACGGCAUCCAAAACAGCGCCUACAAGAACAUCUACAACCCGGAGAACUUCUACAUCCACAAGGAUGGCACGGGCGCGGGCAACAAUUGGGCCACGGGUUACCACAUGGGCGAGCAGGUGCAGGAUGAGGUGCUGGAUAUGAUUGAUCGCGAGGCGGAUGGGUCGGAUUCGCUCGAGGGGUUUAUGCUAUUGCAUUCGAUUGCGGGGGGCACGGGGUCUGGGUUGGGGUCGUUCAUGUUGGAGCGGCUGAAUGAUCGGUUUCCCAAGAAGUUGAUCCAGACGUAUAGCGUGUUUCCGAAUACGCAGGAUGGCGAUAUCGUGGUGCAGCCGUACAACAGUUUGCUGAGCAUGAAGCGCUUGACGCAGAAUGCCGACUCGGUGGUCGUCCUAGACAACGGCGCCCUCAGCCGCAUCGCCGCCGACCGCCUGCACGUGCAAAACCCUUCCUUCCAACAAACCAACCAACUCGUCUCGACCGUCAUGUCAGCCAGCACCACGACGCUGCGCUACCCGGGCUACAUGCACAACGACCUCGUCGGCAUCGUCGCGUCGCUCAUCCCGACCCCCCGCUGCCACUUCCUCAUGACGUCGUACACGCCCUUCUCGGGCGAGAACGUCGAGCAGGCCAAGACGGUCCGCAAGACGACGGUCCUCGACGUCAUGCGCAGGCUGCUCCAGCCAAAGAACCGCAUGGUCUCGACGUCCCCCACGAAAAGGAGUUGCUACAUGUCGAUUCUGAAUAUCAUUCAGGGCGAGGCGGAUCCUACUGACGUGCACAAAUCCCUCCUCCGCAUCCGCGAGCGCCACCUCGCGACCUUCAUCCCCUGGGGCCCCGCAUCCAUCCAGGUCGCCCUGACGCGCAAGUCCCCUUACAUACCCUCGUCGCACCGCGUCUCGGGCCUCAUGCUCGCCAACCACACGGGCAUCGCGACCUUAUUCAAGCGCAUCCUGACGCAGUAUAAUGCGUUGCGGAAAAGGAAUGCGUUUCUGGAAAGUUAUAAGAGAGAACCCAUGUUUGAGGGGGGGCUCGAUGAGUUUGAUGAUGCGAGGGAGGUGGUGCUGGGGUUGGUGAGGGAGUACGAGGAUGCGGAGCGUGAGGAUUAUCUGAGUAGGGAGGAGGAAGGGGGAGCUGGGGGAGGAGGGGAGGGUGAGGGCGAGGCGGGGGAUAAGAGGGUGCCUGUGUGA